AUGGCAGGCCUCAGGCAGCAGCUGCCCGACGCUGAGUCAUCCGGCGAUCGGCGUCUCAGCCACGAAGGAGUGGCAACUGUUGCCACCACCGGUCAGACCAUCAAUCAACGCGAGAGACGUCGAUAUUGCGACUCAAUUCUCGUCGAUGCCUCGGCCAAUGACUGUCGCCGGAAACAAGAUAACCUCGGGGCCCUGACGCCGGUUCGCGCGGAUUCACGGAAAUGGUCCCAGUCUGGACGGAAAGAGGGCCGCUAUCUGGCACUGCGAUCAGUCCACCGAUGUCGUUGA